AUGAUGAUGCGGUUGACGGUCCACCGCCGUUGGUUCAGUGUGGGCAUUGCCUCAAAACAGGAUAUUGUACCGCACAGCACCGUACGCCGGUUGAAACCGCUAACAGUUAAUCGCACCGGUAGUAAUGGUAACGCACAGGAUCAACCAGCACCGAUCGAUGAAGGACCGCGUAUGAACGAGAUGAACAUACAGAUGCUUUCGAACUCUCUGUACCGGCAAAUUUUCCAACCAAACUCACGUACAAAGCAACCCACCGGUCGGAUUGAUCCGGCCCGCGUAAAAUCGCUCCAGGAAGAGCUUCUGCGCCAUGGGAUCGAUGUUUCGAAGCCGGUACUGCUACCGGACGUAGAGCUGAAGUUGCCACCGCUACGCGGUGCCAACAUUGAGGAACAUUUCUACACGAUUUCUGAGGAGCAGAGUGAACCAUAUCGGCGUGCCGUGGAGCAGCUGCCCCAGGAUACACCCGCACUGCCAGAUGUUUGGGCAAAAGCGCCCGGCUGGACACGGUACGACCCGGCAACGGGAAGUGCAACCGCCAUCGCAUACCCAACCGAUGCAGCGCUCGUAUUCGAUGUGGAGGUAUGUGUGAAGGUAGGACCGCUUCCGAUAAUGGCAACAGCGACUGGAACGGCUGGCUGUUGGUAUUCUUGGAGAAGCCCGUUGCUAUUUAGCGAUAUCCGUCAACCAAGCCACUAUCAGCAUACCGAGUUGAUUCCGCUGGAAAGUGAGGAGAAUGCAGGUAACUCCACCCAUCCGGCACGGAUUGUCAUUGGUCACAAUGCAUCGUACGAUCGUGCUCGGGUACGCGAACAAUACUUUCUACAACCGUCCGGCCUACGUUUUCUCGACACGAUGGCGCUGCACGUGUGUGUUAGCGGCAUCACUAGCUACCAGCGGGCGAUGCUAAAGUCAUCCAAGCAACUUCCGGCGGAGGAUACGGGUUGGAGCGAGCAAAGCUCACUCAACAAUUUAGCCGACGUGUACGCACUGUACUGUGGCGGUGGGAAGCUCGCGAAAACGAAGCGCGACACGUUCGUGGAAGGUUCGCUCGAGGACGUGCGGUCUGAAUUCAAUAGCCUUAUGAGCUACUGUGCGGAGGAUGUACGUGCGACCAAAGCCGUGCUGCACCGUUUGUGGCCUCUGUUUCGCGAACGUUUCCCACAUCCGGCAACGUUGGUCGGUAUGCUAGAAAUGGGCAGUGCUUAUCUGCCAGUCAACAGUAACUGGACACGUUACCUUACCGAGGCCGAUCUUGCGUUUGAAGAUCUCGAUCUGGAAGUGAAGCAUCAGCUUGCCCAGCGGGCAGAUGCUGCUUGUUCACUCCUGCACGAUGAAGCCUACCGACGGGAUUUGUGGCUUUGGGAUCAAGAUUGGAGCGUGCAGGAGCUAAAGCUAAAAGCAGGGAAGUUGGCCAGCAAGAAAACUACAAUCCCGGAACGUUCGCCUGUGAUGAAUGGAAAUUUUGACACGGACGAAGCGUCACGAUUGGCGAAUAAAUUUGCCUACUUGUACGAAACUGCAAACCGGUUACCGGCACGACGGCCAUUAUUACCAGGAUAUCCGGAAUGGUACCGUAAGCUAUGCUCGAAACCGACCACCGACGAUUGGUGUCCCGGGCCGUCCGGAAAGUUGGGCACCGGUAUGCAGAUCGCACCGAAGCUCCUAUCACUCUGCUGGGAAGGCUAUCCGUUGCAUUACAUCCGCGAGCAUGGUUGGGGUUUUCUGGUACCGUUCAAAUACGAACGAGACGAAGAAUGUAUCGAGACAGCCUUACCGUUAGAGCAACUAAUUGCUGCCUGUCCCGUAGCAGAGAUAAACCAUUCCGGUGCAUCAUCCGCAGAAAGUGGCGAAGCCCUGAACCAACUUGCCCAGCAAGUUGAGAAAACCAUCAGCCGGAAGGAUUAUUAUAGUUAUCGGCAACGGAAAUCUGGCGCUACGACAGCUAAACGCCCCACGUAUAACGGUUCGGGUGUUUGGUGUAAUGUCGAGCUGGAAGGAUGCUGCUACUUUCUGCAACUCCCUCACAAAGAUGGCACCGGCCAUCGUGUUGGCAAUCCGCUGUCAAAGGACUUUUUAACCAAAUUUUCCGACCACGUGCUGGCCGGUGAUGGGCGGGCAGCCGAACGGGUGGUUGAGAUUGCGCGCAUGCUUACCUACUGGCGCAACAAUCGGGACCGGAUUCGGGGUCAACUGGUUGUGUGGUGUGAUUUGCACCGUACGGUCGGUGCGAUCAUACCGCAGGUCGUUGUAUGUGGUACGCUUACGCGGCGUGCCAUGGAACCGACCUGGAUGACAGCAAGUAACGCACAGCGAGAACGUGUCGGAUCAGAGUUACGUGCGAUGGUACAGGCUCCGGCUGGGUAUCGGUUGGUUGGUGCGGAUGUAGACAGCCAAGAGCUCUGGAUAGCGUCCGUACUGGGAGACGCCGGUACGGGACUAUACGGUGGUACACCGUUCGGAUGGAUGACCCUGAGUGGUACCAAAGCCGCCCGCACUGACAUGCAUAGCGUAACGGCACAAGCCGUUGGAAUAUCGCGUGACCAUGCCAAGGUGCUCAACUACGCACGAAUUUACGGAGCUGGCCAACAGUUUGCCGAACGAUUGCUGAAACAGUUUAAUCCGACGCUUACCGGAGCAGAAGCACGCUCCAAAGCGACCAAAAUGUUCACCCUAACGAAGGGCCGUCGGAUGUACCGGUUGCGGGACGCACUACGUGACCAAUAUCCAAUGCAACCAAUCCGUUCGACGGUGUACGAGGCUCUCGGGUUAGCGAGAGUAUGUAACAAAGUUGUUGGUGAGCUGUUCGAGGGUCCUCACUGGUUGGGCGGCACGGAGAGUGCAAUGUUCAAUCGGUUGGAGGAGAUUGCGGGCAGUACCAAACCGGCCACACCGUUUCUAGGCGGUAGGCUCAGCAGAGCGCUGGAACCACAGUACGGUACGGAGGAUCGAUUCCUGCCGACACGGAUUAACUGGGUGGUGCAGAGUGGAGCGGUCGAUUUUCUACACCUAAUGCUGGUAUGUAUGCGGUGGCUGAUGGGUGGAACCAAUGGCGGUCAAUUGCGGUUCUGUCUGAGCUUUCAUGAUGAGGUCCGGUACCUGGUACCGGAACGGUACGCACACCAUGCCGCACUAGCCCUACACGUGACAAAUCUUUUGACGCGAGCAUUCUGCGCACAUCGUGUGGGCUUUCGCGAUCUACCACAGUCGGUUGCCUUUUUCUCGUCCGUCGAGGUUGACCGGGUACUGCGCAAAGAGGCACAGCACGACUGCCGAACACCCUCCAAUCCGCACGGGUUGCGCAUUGGAUAUGGCAUUCCGGACGGUGAGUCUCUCGACAUUUACCAAACACUGGCCCAAUUAAGCCCGGCACAACGCGACAUCAGUAGCUGGGAAUGGCAUCGGCCGCAAAAAGGUACCAAAACUGUGAAGCGGAUCAAAACGACGAAGGUGAAGUCGUGA